AUGGCGGACAUCGAGUCGGAACCCCUUUUGCGUUCAAAUACUCGUAUAAACUACGACGAUUCGUCCCUAACACCCCCACCAGUUUCUCGCACCGUCGAAGAAGAUGUCAUCCCAGAAACAGCAACAUACGGCCGAAAUCUCGGGUGGAGCGGUUCAUAUAUCCUCAUUAUCUCCAGAGUCAUCGGUUCCGGUAUUUUUGCAACGCCAGGAAGCAUUACUUCUUCCGUUGGCUCGGUCGGGAUCAGUCUGCUCCUCUGGGUAGGAGGUUCUAUUCUCUCGGCGUGCUCUCUCGCCAUAUCCUUAGAAUACGGUUGUAUGCUACCUAGAUCCGGCGGAGACAAAGUGUAUCUAGAGUUUACGUAUCAGCACCCACGCUUUCUGGCCAGCACUUUGGUUGCUGCACAAGUGGUACUUUUGGGCUUUACAGCAAGCAACUGUAUUGUUUUCGGGCGCUAUGUGCUCUUUGCUCUAGGCGUCGAAGCAGAAGAAUGGACUGAAAAGGCGCUAGCGGUAGGUUUAUUGACAGCCAUCACGCUUGUCCACGGAAUCUCUCUGAGGACCGGAAUUUAUAUACAAAACGCGCUUGGAUGGGUCAAAGUGUUUAUCAUUCUCUGCAUGGCGGGAGCUGGCCUCUACGUUGUUAUUUUCAACCCCCAGAAUGCUCACGGAGAAACGCCAGGCUUCAGGGUUUUUGCCUGGGAGGAGCUAUGGAAGGAUUCUGUUUGGAAUUGGGGUCUCAUUUCAACCUCACUUUUCAAAGUGUCGUACUCCUAUGCGGGGUUGGCGAAUGUCAAUAAUGUCCUCAACGAGGUUAAGAAUCCCGUCAAAACUCUCAAGUCCGUUGCACCAGUUGCUCUGCUCACGGCGGUUGUCCUGUACCUCUUGGUCAAUGUUGCGUACUUUAUGGUUAUUCCGAUUGAAGAAAUCAAGAACAGCGGAGAGUUGAUUGCAGGAUUAUUUUUUGAAAGAGUGUUUGGUCCUGGAUUUGGCAAGUCGGUGUUACCCUUGGCUAUUGCAGUUUCCGCUGCGGGAAAUGUCAUGGUUGUAACUUUUGCACUGGCACGAGUAAACCAAGAAGUCGCCCGCCAAGGGUUUCUGCCCUACGCAACCCUUCUAUCUUCAUCAAAGCCCUUUGGAACGCCUCUCGGUGGACUCAUCGUGCACUUCGUUCCAUCACUACUUGUCAUUUCACUUCCUCCUCCUGGCGAUGUAUACGCCUUUAUUCUCGACGUUGAAGGAUAUCCUGGGACAUUUAUGGCCUUAGCGACAGCUAUUGGCCUACUACUCCUCCGGAGACGACGUCCGGAUCUCAGCCGACCAUACAAAGCUUGGCUUCCAGCAGUCUGGCUGCGCAUUGUCAUCUGCAUUGCAUUGAUAGGAGCCCCUUUCGUGAGACCACAAGGGAAAGGUGACGUUAGCUUCUUUUACGCCACGUAUGCAAUCGUCGGAAUCGCACUAAUUUUACUCUCUGUGCUGUAUUGGUAUAUUUGGUUUGUGGCCUUACCGAAAUGGAGAGGUUAUCACAUUGAGGAGGAAGUUGUGGUUCUCGAAGAUGGGACGAGCAUAACAAAACUGGUCCGCGUGAAGAAAGAGUAA